AAUAGAAUCGAAUCGAUUGAAUGCGAUAACGGUCAUCCAGGUCCAUCAGUGACUGUUGUUUGUGACUUCUUGUGCCGAAGCAAGACACUGUUUGUGCAGAGAAAGACAAGGCAGGACUCUUACUGUCAUCUCACAAUAAAGAACGAACAUGGUGGACGAAUCGUCUUCUGAGUCUGCUGUGAGCAAUUCCUCAUCGUUGCGAGAUGAGCCUCGUUCAUCAUCUGGGGCAGCACCUCCCGUGUUGAAUAUAGGAACUGACGAUGAUGACAACCCACCAAUGCCACCUCGACGCCAGCACAAGUACACAACGGCGGAUCUACAGCCCGAACGACCCUGGAAGCGAUACUGCCUCAUUUGUUUGGCCUUUUUGGUGAUGAUCGCGAUUAUGGUUCUACUAUCCAUCUUCCUGCAAAAGCUCUUUGAUCCCCCCGAGGACUCAGACUGGUCCGACGACGAAACGAGCAACACCGAAGGCAGCGGAGAACUCACGGGAGAGUCGAAGUUGCUACCCAAAGGGAGUGACUAUUUGAAUGAUGUCUGUUCCAAGGAUAGACUGGAUAUGGCGAAUCGAGAAGCUUGCGUCCAAGCGUGUGCCCCGUCCAUCGACUGUUGCAAUCCAUACGCAACAGAUAAUAGCACCUGCUUUGAACAAGAAGUGGCUUCAUGCGUGACUUAUUCUAUCUGCCACGCACUCGAUGGAUUCAAAGAGCCUCCUCACAAAAAUUUGGACAGAAUAUGCUCUUUGGAUGAAGUCCAAGCUAGUCCCGUCCCCUGUGAAACGGCAUGCCAAUCUAUGCAAUGUUGCAUCUCCGACGUCGAUUCCUGUCUCAGCACCAGCUUUCAAGCCUGUUUGGAUUAUUCCUCCUGCCAAAAUUUAAAGCUGGCCGAGGGCAGCAGCAACCAAUACAUUGCUGCAGCGCCGUCCACACUCAGUGAGCACUGCAGGGACCGAAGUCCUCAAUGCAUCCGAGAUUGCAAGGAUGGCGCUGCCUGCUCGGAUGAACAAUCUGCUUUCUUCCGAGACAACUUUGUGGCUUGCUUGACCUACGCAUCCUGCAAUCUACAUGAUGAUGCAUCGACUACACGCAUCAAAAUUGCUCCCAUCUAUUCUCGAGUCACUGAAGCGCCAGAAGAUUUGAAAAGGGUUUGCUUGGAAUCAUAUGUUACUACAACAGGUCCACAUGAAUGCCAACAGGCCUGUGCAACCGCCGAGUGUUGUUUCGCAGAAGGAUCGGCUAAUUGCUUUGGUGAUGAUCCACUGGGGUGCUUGUCCUACCAAAUGUGCUCCGUGCUGCAGUAGUGGGGCAUUUUCAUUGCUUGCUUAGUCAACAGUUCAUAAUAGAGGUGGCUUGGGGAAAAUCUCUCUUCAUUAAUAAUGACCUUACCAUACCGAAUGCCUUAGGAUGGUAGUUUGACUCGACUCGACUCGGGUCUUUCAUAUUGGGCCAACCAAUAAACGUAGGCACAGGCUUUCAUACGGUAUUAUGUUUGUCAAAGGUAAUAGUAUCCCUGUUUCGUUCGUUG